GAAAUUCAAAGUAAAUAAUAAAGUUGAUGAAAUUGAUUCCACAAUCGAUUGCAAAACAAAAUGAUGAGUGCAAGUAAUAAUACCAUUGUCGAAAAAUACAGAAAAAUUUGUGAUAAUUUAUUUCUUGAAAAAAAAUCUUUGACUGAAAAUAAAGAUUUAAAUGAAGGAUACAUUAUGAACAAUAAUCAAAAACGUGAAGACAUAAUAAUGUUAAAAGAAAAAAUUAAUAAUGAUUUCUAUUGUCAAUUUUGUUAUAAAGCAUUCGAGAAGAAAAGUCAAUUUAUAUUAUAUCGUAUAAGGUGUAUGCCUUUUUCAGGUUACCAUUAUGUAGCAUAUGAAAAAUUUGACUAUACCCUCACUUCAUUUGUAAAAAGUGAAGAUUAUACCGAAAAAAAUGUUGAAAAAAUUAUUAUCAAUAUACUUAGCGAAAUAGAGUCAUUGCAUCAACAGAAUAUAUAUAUUUUCAAUAUUAAUCCGGAUGGAAUUGCAAUUAAUAAGAACUGUGCAGUUUACUUUUUAGAUUUCUUUAUGUCAAGAAAUAGUAAAGAAAAUCCAGUGAUUCCACUAAGCAGUAGAUUUGGUCCAAAUGACUUUGCAGCUCCAGAGUUAAUUUUAUUUCGCAUGAAUGGAAAACAAUUUGAUAAUCAUGAAGCAGCUGAUAUAUUUAGCAUAUUUUGUUGUAUAUUUUUUUCUUUUACUUUAUAUAAUCCAUUCGAAAAAAAUAGAUCGCAUACAUGUAAAAACAUUAUGAACAAAGAAUUUAAAAUCAAAUUUCGUACAUUAGACUAUGUGAUGAUUUUGGAUAGCUAUAAAAUAUUUUUAUUAAAAAACUUGAUGCAAAAAACAUUAUUUUUUGAACCAAAUCGAAGAUUUAAUUUUCAUGAUAUUCGAAAUCAUCCAUUUUUCUGGGAUUUACAAAAAGUUAGUGAUUUUUUUUUCAAUAAUUCUAAAAAAAUUGAAAAUCCAACUGAACAUUUAAGAGGAGAAAAUUUUGAUGAAGGAAGAUAUACAAAUUUUUUGAAAUCUUUUCACGAACAAAAACAGGAACUUUUGGGUUUUGUACGUAAUGAAACUGAAGAAAACAACAUAUUUAAUCAUAACAAUUUUCAACUUACUACAUUUAUUUUAGAAAACUUUCCUACACUUUUUCAUGAUUUGUGGAAUAAUAAUGAAAAAAGCCAACUCGUGUGUCCAGCUGAGAACAUUGCAAGUUCAAACUCAUUUUUUAAUGACUUGACGAAGUUUUCUCCCGAUUUUUCACCACGAUAUAAUAUCCCACAAUUAUCCACUAAUACUCCUAAAAUGAUAUAUCCGCUGUAUGCUUAGACUCCUAACUUUAAAGAUCAUUAUGGUCAGCAAAAUUUAAAUACAUUCUUACCAUCUGAGUAUAAUAUACAAAACAAACUAGUAAAGAGGUGAUCACACGUGAUCGACCGAAGCGCAUUUUCCCUGCACAGAAUUC